AUGAGUAUUAAUGGGAGAAGAACAGAAUCUUAUAUUAUCUUUAUAAUAUCACCUAAAGGCAUCAUUCAUCUUUUCAUCUUCUUGAAGAAUAGAAGAGAUGAGGAGAAGAAAAGACUGCUCUCUUCUUUAGAAGUUUCGAUGGCAGAAAACCUUGCGCCUCUUUCGGCUUGUAUUUUGAGAGUGGAUGUCUGCUGUUGUUCCAAGUGUUCUACAAAAGUGAAGAAAAGGUUGCAAAAAAUAAACGGAGUUAAUUUCGUCGACAUUAACACAAAAAAGGGAUUGGUAAUGGUGUCUGGCUUGGUAGAUCCUUCAACACUCCAAAGGGCCAUAACAAAGACAGGGAAGAAAGCAGAGGUAUUGGCAUAUGAAAAGGAUCCCAUACAAGCCAAAAAGAAACUUGAUCAGUUCAUUAGGAACAUGCAGAAAGAGCAUAACAUUCGUGAUGAGGAGAAUUGUUGUUGCUGUAAGGUGUCUAAGGAUGAUGACAAACCUGUAACUAUGGUGCAUGAUCAUGAGGCGAUCUCUUUGCCUUCUCAGCCAUACUAUGGAAUGGGAAGUAAUACGGCACCUCCUGCUUGGUAUGGGCAGAGAAAUGAUGAUCCAAUAUUUUAUGGUGCUGGUUACCAUGUGUUGCCACCUCGGUAUCCAACUCCAAUGGCGCCAUACAAUUACACGGGGAGACCAUAUGGUUAUCACGGCCAUCGGCCACCCAUUUAUGCCACGUUGCCACUUCAGCCAGCACUCCCUCCUCCUGCUCCGAUUCAUGCCAGGUUGCCGCUGCAGAAAACACUCCCCCCUCCACCACCACCUCGGCCACAAAUUCCCUUGUCAAAUCUUCAUGCUGUUUACGGUGGGCAAAAAGAUGUGCCAGCAGGCAACUCCAUCUAUCAUGCUUUCAGCGAUGAUAACGCAGCAGCUUGCAGCAUAAUGUGAGCUUAUUGCUGCAUUAA